UAUUUAUCGAUAACUAUUUUCAAAACAUUACUUCCUUGUCUGGAAAUCUAAAAAAUACGCUGUUCCGUUCGAUUGAUCGAUCAAUACAUUGAAUAGACGUAUAUUCGGUUAUAGGUUUAAGUAUAAAAUGAUUGAACUCGGAUGAGGAAGAGUUUUAGAAAUAUGGCCGAAACCAGUAAAGGAAAGUUGGUAAUCGUUGAAUGGGAGGUGUCCGGGAAAGAAGUAGACGAAAAAAGACUGAAAACUUUCAUCAAGGCAAAAUCAAAUGCAGAACCGAUUAUCAGUCUCGGCAAAUACAGGAGGAUAGCACUUCUAGAGUUCAAAGAAGACAAUGACGUGAACUUCUUGCGCAAUCAAUGGAAAUCCGGCGACUUUUGGACUAUAACAAAUAUCUGCGUGGUUCCAGAGACAAAGAUGGUAAAAGUAACAAAUUUACCAAAGAAUGCAAGUAGAAGAGAUGUGAACCAUUACUUUACAAAUGAAAAUAUGGUCAAUUUGAAGCUCGAUGUUGAUGUCAUGGAGAAAUACUUCCACCCUGAAAAAGGCUUUUGUGUGCUGAACUUGUCGUCUUCAUCCGAUGCAAAACGUGCCUGUAGGGAGUACAAAAAGUUUAAGGAGUUCAGGAAGUGUCAGCUUGCUGUAGAACCAUAUUACGGGGAGUUAGAAACUCUGACUGAAUUAUCUACAGGGAAGGUUGAAGAAAUCAAACCAAUCACUGUUGACAAUAUUGAUAAUAUGAAGAUGAAGUUUAUGAAAGAUUUCUGUAAAGUUAGCAUUGAACAACAGUUUAAAUCUGCUUGCGCUAACAUCUUUUGGGCUAGAGAAGGAAGAAAUAAAGUCGGAUUGAAAUUUGAUUGUGAACACAAUGAUCUGAGGCAGGAACACGGCAGAGCAUGGGAAAAGAAUGUAAGACAGCUGUUGCAAAAUAUAUUGGAUGAUAUAGUCGUUGUCAGAAAGAACCUUUCGGCAGGAGUCUGGGAUAAGGUACAAGAAGUUCUCAUAAGCUUUCCGUUGGACUCUGUCUUAAUUGAUGAAGAAGCAGAUGAAUAUAGACUGACCAUUGUUGGACAUAAAAAGGAUUCAGCUAUUGCGAAACUCGAAAAAGAUAUUGACGCUAUACAACCUCCUAAACCAAUCGUAAAGAAAGAUGUUACGGUCAGCAACAAAAUCAAACUUGCUGCAUUUGCUGAUCUCCAAAUAGGUGAUACCGUAGGUGGAGUAACUGUAGAUUGCCAAGUCAGUGCAGGAGUUAUCAGAAUACAUGGCGAUAAGGAAACUAUAGAUAAAGCGGAAAUUGAAAUUUUGGAAAUUUUAAACCAGAUAGUUGUGGAGUCGUCUAAUUUCAGUUCAAAAGAAGCUGCAAAUAUACUGAUUACUCCGCUAAUGCGUGAUAAGAUAGAAUCACGCAAAGAUGAUCUUGGGGAGAGAUGUGGCUACCUGAUCGAAAAGGACACACUUUAUGUUUUCUCAACCGGUCAAGCAAAUUUAGAAAAGUUUGAAAAGAAAAUAAAGGCACUCAUAAUCGAAGAGGAUAAGACACUGCAAGGAAAGGUAGAAAACGAAAGCACUUUCAAGGCCAAAAUUAAAGAAAUUGAAGACAUAUACACCCCCUACGUAAAAUUGACCUCCAAAGUAUCCAAAGAAAAUGUAGUGAUACAUAUUGUGUGUGGUAAAGAUUAUUACGGUCCUGUAUGCAAUGACAUUAAUGAAAAGGUUGAAACAUUACUUGUCACAAAAGAAAAAAUCAACAUUUCUCCUCAUAUCGUAAAAUAUAUUCAGAAAAAGUCCAUUGGAAAUAUUCAUAAGAGCAUCAAACAAAAUGGGCUGCCAAAAGAUGUUUUUGAGAGCGAUGCGGAAAAAGUUGUCCUACAUGCCAAAGGAAACACAAGGGUCAGACAGCAAGUUGUAGGUAUUGUUCAGACGGAAGCUAAGAAAAUUCAAGCUUCAUGGAGACAAAUAGAAAAAGAAGGAAUUCAUGACUAUUUUGCUGAUGGUGAGGGAUACAACUUCCUUCUGAAUGAAAUUCCGAAACAUCAGUGUGAAUUUCGAAUAGCGACUCAGUAUGAAAUGAAAAACGAAGAUAUGCAUUGUAUUGUUACUCUAGAAACGGGACAAGCCCUUUUUGUUGGAACAGGAACGCUUGAAAACCCAAACCUCCCGGUUGAUGUUAUUGUUAAUGCAGCAAAUACAAAGUUAGAACAUAGAGGUGGUCUUGCUGCAGCUCUUGUAAAAGCAGGUGGAAAGUCUAUUCAAGACGACUGUACCGACUACAUCAAUAAGAAUGGCGAAUUACAGCCUGGAGAUAUCUACGUUGGUUCGGCUGGAAAAUUACCUUGCCAAAGAAUUAUCCAUGCUGUUGGACCUGAAUGGAAAGGUGGAAAUAGUAACGAAGAUGAGAUUCUACAGACCGUGGUUGAAAAUACUCUUGAAGCAAUGAACAGAGACAAAGAAUUCAUUUUACGCUCGUUGGCUUUACCAUUAAUUAGUGCUGGUGUGUUUGGAUAUCCUCGGUCAAGGUCGGCAAAAAUGAUACUGGACACCAUGAAAAACAAGUUAAAGUCCACUCCGAACGUACGAGAGAUAUAUUUCUAUGACCCAAAUCCAGACAUCGUGAGAACAAUACAGAAACAAAUGCAUAGUGUCUUCGGAGAAAAAUGUUUUCAUUUGCCUGUGCGAAACAUUGGUGUUGGAAAAGGGACGAUGACAAAGUUUGCUGCGUCAAAACACUUCAAACUUGAAAGAUUUGGUACAAGAACUUUACCGCUCCCGGGCGGUACGAAGAUCAUCAUUAAAUGGGGAGAUCUUCAAACCACUGCGGCGGAAGUAUUGGUAAAUGCAACACCAACAGCUCCUUUACCAUCAGGAAAGGUCAGUGACGGCUUGAAAUACGCUGCUGGAGUGGGAUUUGCUAUGGAAUCAGAAUGUAAUAAGGCAUUUAAGAAAGUAUAUCCAGGUGGCAACGUCCCUGAUGGCAUGAUGGUUCAAACUAAAGCAGGAAGAAUACCUUGCAGUGAAAUCUACCACCUCAAAAUUGACAACAACAAAUCAUCUGGAUGCAAAUCUCUUGCUGGCUACAUUACGACCUGUCUAAAAGAAGCUGUGAGACAGAAAAGAACAACAAUUGCGUUUCCUACGAUUGGUACUGCGGACUGCGAUUACCCUGGAAACGAAGUUGCUCUCGCCUUCAUACGAACAAUUGGAGAAUUCAUGCAGCUGCAUAUAACAUGUUCUCUAACUGAGAUUACUAUAGUUAUCUACAAGACAGACAUUGCUACCACAUCGGCGUUCGAAGUAAUAUUGGAGCAGUUGUAUAGCCAAAGGCCACAUAGACUGAUUGCAGACAUAGAAGAAACUGUGGAGACGAAAGAUGGUGACAAAGUAGAAGUAAAGGUCGAUCCUAAGCAAAGACAGCCUUCUCCAAAACGUCCUAGAUCAGCUGUGCAUAGGAAUAGGGAUCAAAAACCAAAUGAAGGAUCGUUUACUAUAGAUGGUACUGACGGAGCGGCGGUUGAUUUAGAAGUAGGAGGCAUAGAGAGUUUUAAGGCUGAUGUUAUUGUUUGUACAACCUCCUCUUUCCCCAAGCUAAACGGUGCAAUAUCAGCUGCAAUCAUGAAAGCGGGUGGACCAGAUAUUCAGAAAGAAUGUAACAGAUGUUACAAAAGUUACCCGGAUCAAGGAGUUGCUGCCACAAAGUCCGGGAAACUUAGCUGCAAGAAAGUGUUCUAUACUGUACUCAAAGACUAUGCACCCGCGAAUGCUAAGAAUGUGUCAGACUGUGUGCUUAAAUGCCUGGAACAGGCAGAGAAAGACCAAUUUACAUCUAUCGCUAUGCCAACGUUUGGUACUGGUGGAUUUAAAUACCCUGAUCAAGUGUCGGCAAGUCAGACGUUCGCUGCCAUUAAAGAAUUUUUCAAGAAGAAACGAUCGUACUUAAAAUUGGUAGUGGUCGUUAUGUAUGGCCCAGCACAGCAGACAUGUCAGACAUUUUACCAAGAGGCAGUCAAGUUCUUCACACAAAUGAAAGCACCGACCACGACAGUAGCUGUUGUCAAUACAGCCCAAGUACAAAAUGUUGGCAAUCUUCUUUGGAAAGUACCAAAGUCAUCUACAUCUCUUGAGAUAUCAUACGGAAAUCUUGAGCUGGCAAAGGCUGAUGUUAUAUUAGAUACAACAACAAGUUUCCCAAAUCUGAACGGCAUUAUUCCUGAAUCACUUAGCAAGCGUGCUGGACCACAAUUGAAAGAGGAAUGUAAGCGUUUCAAAGGCAAUGUGAGUUCUGGGAUGAUUUUUGAAACAAAGGGAUAUAAUCUUGACUGCAAACUAGUCUACCACUAUCUCAUGCCUGACUGGAAAGAACCUGACGGCGAACAGACCAUUAGCAAUUGUAUUGAUGAUUGCCUGCAGAAGAUGAAGCAAAGUGGACUAAGAUCUGUAGCCAUACCUUCUAUAGGUACAGGUGGAGCAAGAUAUAACCCGAGGAAGGUAGCGCGUGGUAUCUACAGAGCUGUUGCCGACUUUGGUGCUGCAAAUGUUAAUGUUAAUUGCCACGUGAACCUGGUUUUGUUCCCAGCUGCUAAGGAUAUAAAUAAAACAUUUACGGAAGAACUUCAAGCAUUUAUGAGUGGUAAAACAAAUGAGCAAAAACCCCCUGCGAAAGGGGUGCGUUUUGCUGAAGACGGCGACGACAAAGGAAACAUUCAUGUUGAUGAUGAUAUUGUUAUUCCUACAAAAAGAAGAGACUUUCUUCUCAUACAGUUUACAUCUGAUGAUAAUACAAACGUGGAUCUGGCCUUCACCAGCAUUAAAGCUAAAGUUGAAAGUGAAACGAGAGAUGUUGAAAUAGACCUGACAAAAGACAGCAAUACAGAUGAUCUUGAUCUUGUAAACAAAGGGAAAAAUAUAAAAACUAUUGAAGACAUUGGUGAAGAUUACCAUGUCAAUGUCAUUGUUGACACCAAGGCACGAAAGGUGAAGGUCAGAGGGCUUGGCGAUGGUGUGAUUAAAUGCUACGAGAGAAUUCUUCGAUUUUUGCAAGAAAGACGACAGGAAGCUGUGUCAAAAGACAUUGGGAAGAUAGUGUACCAGCAUAUCGAAUGGUAUUAUACUGAAGACGAUGGUAAAAUAUGGGUACCGUAUCCAAGACACAUAAGAUACCUGCUUGAAGACGCUAAUUCUACAACAGUGACGGAGAAAGAAUUUCGUGAUAUCAAUGAAAAGCUCUAUGUCGUAGACUUCACGAAAAUGGAAGAAUAUGUGAAAGACGAUAAAAAGAAAGAAACAACAGUGACAGUGAUAAGAAAAGAUUUAACAGAAGGAGCGUUACAAGCGUUACCACACACCUGGCAGGCAAUGGGAACGUCUGAAAAUCUGAAGGAGGUUUCGCUCAUUUCCACUGACCAGGAGUACAAAGAUGUUGAAGCUAAUUUUAGGGCAACGAUUGGAAACUAUAGGCUUUUGCAGAUCAAAGAGAUUCGCAGAAUUCAGAACCGAACAUUGUAUCAGCAAUACCAGACAAAGAAAGAACAAUUAAAGUCGGAACAUAAAAAUGUCCUAAAUUUAGAAAUAGAACGUACUCUUUGGCAUGGUACUCAAGAAGACAAGGAAAAGUCUAUUACUUCCAACGGCUUCAACAGAAGCUAUGCUGGCGCAACUUUCCAGGGAAAAUUGUGGUAUGGUAUGGGAGUUUACUUUGCCGUCAGUUCAGAAUAUUCAACCCAGCAAUUCUAUUCGCCUCCCGACAAUAAUGGCUUUAAAAGAAUAUACCAGGUAAAGGUUCUCACAGGUUUGACAACAUCGGUACAACAAGGGUAUACGGAGAGAUUCGCGCCUCAAGUGCCUGGCUCUGCAACUGACAGAUAUAACUCUACCUGUGAUGACGUCGCAAAUCCAACAGAGUUUGUGAUUUAUAACGACAUCCAAGCAUACCCAGAAUAUAUCAUAUUCUUCAAAUAAAGUGGAGACUGACAGCGAAUAGUGUGUAAUUGCCUUACUGUAGCAAUUUUCAACAGAGAAAAUACGUCCAAAAUUAUUUAGAAACUUUUUAUAACUUUUGCCUUUGCUUUUCUAAAGCUAGAUAAGUACAGAUAUGUUUAUUAUAGUCGUACUUUAAAAAUAUAUAAAAUACACAACAAUACCAAUAAUAUCAUGCAAACCUUUCUGACAAGAAAUAUGAGAAAUAUGUUUUGACACUCUAAAUUAGUAUAUCAGGAUUAGGUAGAAAAAGCAUUUAUUUCGUUAUUACAAUUGUUAAAUUUGAAAAUUUUACAACAAUGCAAUAUGAAGAGAGUUGUACAAAGGACAAUACAACUAUACAUGAAUUCAAUACUUAACAGCAGAAUAACAAUGAAAAGGGGUUUGAUCCCUUACUUACGCUCCAUUGUAUCUGUCAAAUUCUAUAACAACCUGUAAAACAUACCUAAAAGUUUCUCGCAGUACGAUUUGAACCAAAAUUUAUCUUUGAAGUUUGAUUCUUGAUUCUUAGAUUGUUUCCCCCAUUUAUCCUGUAUGUAUCUUCAUGAUUUACAGUUGGAUUCCAUUCUUGAACAUGAUUUUCCAUAUUUCUUUUGAUAAAAUAACAUAUAUAAUAUCACAUUUUUCAGGACUUUGGCACAGUUACAACCCAUUAACUUUUGACUCUAUAAUUCAAGUUCUUUCAACUAUAACUUGCGGAAUUAUUUGCUUAUAAUGAACAUGUUUGUAUCAGUCUUUGAUUGUCCAUAUAACAAAGUGUAUAUAGAGAUAUUUACAAAAUUUUACUUCUGAGUUAGUUGUCCCGCCAUUACGUUUCAUGGCAUAAGUAAAUGGUUACAUUUAAACAUGAAUUGUAAUAUGAAGUGCAAACGUUUUGGAGAGAUUCAGAGCAUGAUGUGUCGUCAGUAGAUUUUAAUAGAUUUUAGUGUAUAAAGUAUGCAGACUGAAACUUCAAAUGAACUGAUGAAAUAUUUCUUUAAACUUGAAAUAUUAUAUAAAUGUUCUUAUCAACAAUUAUAGUUGACGUUACCCACUCAUAUUCUCAUGGUAUAUAAUAUUUUGUUUAAGUUUAAUAUAAAUACUUAGUAUUUUAUGCUUUAUUUAUGCUUUGGACUUUUAAUGCAUGCUAUGCAUUUAUCUGCUCUAUCUGUGUUCAACUAGAAAUUUUUAUAAGUGCUAUAUGCACAAUUCCUUAUGUUCGCUAGUGCAUGGUCUUCAGCUUAGUAGUGCCAAUAAAACUGAAAUAGGAAAUGAACGUACAGCUCUAGAAAGGCACACUGAAGGAAAUUUAACAUACUGUAUAUUUCAAACGAAAGCCUUUCACAACUUUGCACAGUAAAAAUCUUUCUGAUAAAAGUCAGGUUAAGUUAAAGUUUUACUAUCAAACAUUUUGAUAUUAAAUAGACGCUUAAUUAUGAACGAACAGUUUGCAAAAAUAACAUGCUUUGGGAAAAUACAAUAAGAUGGGCAUUAUAACAUUAUCAGUGUGUUCAUAAGCUUCAGGUCAAAUGUUCAUUAAUAUUUUAGUUCCUUUAUUUGUCAUAUUUUUCUGUUCAACUUUCUAUUGGCGUCCACUGAAUACUUUGUUAUUUUGUUCUGCUCUAUUUUUGACACCCACUGGUGUCAGAUUGCUUUGCUUAAUUUUCUUUUGUGUCCACUGAUAUCUUUGUCAUUCUGUUUUGCUGAAUUUUCUAUAGACGCCCACUGGUUUCUUUGUCAUUAUGCUUGCUUAAUUUUCUUUUGACGUCCAGAGGUUUCUUAAUCACUUUUCCUGCUAAAUUUAUUGGGGGAGGGCUCUGUGGCCGAAUGGUUAAGGUCGCUGACUUCAAAUCACUUGCCCACAUCGAUGUUGAUUUGAGCCUCACUCGGUGCGUUUAUUUUUGCAUAUGAGGAAGCCAUCAAGCUGGGUUACGGAAGGUCGGUGGUUCUACCCAGGUGCCUGCUCAUGAUGAAACAAUUUUCUUCUGCGUCCACUGGUUUCUUUGUUAUUUUGCUUUGUUCAGUUUUCUUUUGGUUUCCAUUUGGGUUGAACCAUCGUUGUCAUUUUGCUCUGCUCAAUAUUCUUUCGGUGUUUACUGAAAUCUUUAUCAUUCUGCUUUGCUCAAUUUUCUUUUGACGACCACUGGAUUCUUUGUCAUUUUGCUUGCUUAAUUUUCUUUUGGCGUCCAAUGGUUUCUUAGUCAUUUUGCUUUGUUCAAUUUUCUUUUGACGACCAUUGGUUUCUUUGUCAGUUUUCUCGCUUAAUUUUCCUUUGGCGUUCUCUGGUUUCUCUGCUCAUUUAGUUUGACGUACGCUGCUUUCUUCGUCAUUUUGCAUUCUCAUUUUUCUUUUGGCAUCCGCUGGUAUAUUUGUCAUUUUGCUCUGCUCCAUUUUUAUUUGGAGUCCACUGGUAUCUUAAUAAGCUUGGUCUGCUAAUUUUUUUGGCUUCCUCGUGUAUCUUUGUCAUCAUUCUCUGCUCCAUUGUCUUUUGACAUAUUCGUAAGGGUUUACAAUUUUGAUGGCCAAGGUAAAUAUUUGAACGGUAAAAUAUUCCACCGGUCUUACGAAUUGGUCAGUAUUUUAUCCAUUAGUGGAGUUUCAUCCUUUGGGGAUAAUUUUUUACUGUCCUAAAAUUUUAGGAUACCGUUCCAAGGCGAUAGCCUACUAUAAACUUUUAUUUGCCUUUUCAGUGUUCGUUUGUCUAUUUCUUUAAACUUGCCUAUGCAUUUUGUGUACGUAUCCAAGUCAUACACUGUUUUUAUCCCCGGACGAAAGUCGGAGGGAUAUAGUUUUAGCGUUGUCCGUCCGUCCGUCCGGAGCCAUAUGUAGGAAGUGGUUGGGAUUAUUUAUAUAAAACUUCAUAUACAUGUUCACCACUAUGAGUUCAUGCGGCCCGUCAAGUUUCAGUCAGAUUGCCCUAUUUAUGGCUCUUAGAAGUUUCUAGUGUUAACUAUAUAGGGUACUAUAAAUAUGGCAAUUUCUGCAUCAUUACUUUUGAUAUAUUUCACCUUAAACUAUGAAACUUAAACAGAAUUUAGAUCACCAUAAUGUGUGUACACACAAUUUCGUUUUAUUAUUUUGUAAAUUCAGAGUUAUUGCCCUUUAAUUGUAUAAAAAUCCACAUAUUUGUACAUAACAAACUUACCAUUUGGUAGAAUUUCAUUAAAUUUCUUUCAUUCUUUUCCAUGAACAUUUAUUGUAAACAUGCGAAGUUGUGUACCCACACCUGUUCAACCCCUUACCUUGGUCACACCCCCUCCCCUCCCGACACCCCACAAUAAAAAUUCAUUCCGUAUUUUAGAUUUCUUUCAAACAAACUUCAUAUACAUGUCCACUAUGAGGUUAUGGGGCCCGUCAAGUUUCAGUCAAAUUGCACAAGCAACACCAGAGUUAUGGCCCUUAGAAAUUUCUAGUGUUAACUAUAUAGGGUACUCUAAAUAUGGCAAUUUCUGCAUCAUAAAUUUUGAUAUAUUUGACCUUGAACUAUGAAACUAAAACAGAAUUUAGAACAACAUAAUGUGGUUGUGCACACACAAUAUUUUUUUGUAACUUCAGAGUUAUUGCCCUUUAAUUUUACAAAAAUCCACAUAUUUGUACAUAACAAACUUACCAUUUGGUAGAAUUUCAUUAAAUUUCUUUCAUUCUUUCCCAUGAACAUUAAUUAUAAACAUGUGAAGUUGUGCACCCACACCUGGUCACCCACUUGCCUUGAUCACACCCCUCCCCCUCACGAUCCCCCUCCCCAAGCGCCCCCCCCACACCCCCACAAUUUUUUUUCAUUCCAUAUUUUAGAUUGUUUUCAAACCUUCCAUGAAUAUUUAUCAAGUUGUACCAUUCUCCCACCUCACUCCUCCACCCAUGCAUCCUCUUUUUUUUCAUUUUUAAUUUUCCAUCAAUAUUUAUAAUCAACAUGUGAAGUUUUGUUUCCUCACCCGUUCAAUACAUUAAGUAAACAUUUGUUUUCUGUUAAAUUCAUUUUGACUAAUGAAAUUAUUUGCUUCUUAGUAACAGCCUUAACUUUUUGCCGUAUAUAUUUUUUGCCAUUCCUUACCACAAACCCUUUCGGCGGGGGAUACCAAUUCAUCGAAUUUGCUUGUUAAUGUUGCUGUUUCUAAUAGAUAUUGAAAUGAAUAUGAACUUCAGAGGAACCACAGUUGUAUUGUAUUGAACUUUGCUCAUAUUUGAUCCGUCCUUGUACUGUCUAAAUAGUUAAUGGUAUUCUGUGAUACAUUUUUGUCAGAAAAUAUAUACUUUUGUAGAUGUUUAAAUAUAUAUUUGUUAAUCAGA